AGGUCUAUGCUCAAUAGAGGACCCGAGACUUCCUGAUUGGGGUAGGAAGUGGUACUUUGGGGCCCACGAUGGAUUCUGCGACUUGCAUUUAGCGAGAGUGAUUUUCCUUCACUCUGCUCUGGCGUCACCUGUGAGCACCAGUGGAUGACAGAGAACUGGAGUGAAGAUGUCGUUUCUUUGGUCUCUUCAGCACUCGCUGCGCAGCGGAUUUUCAAGGGAUGUGAUCCUGACUUGCUCAAGCGGCUUGCAGCCCAAGCAUUUUCGUGGACACCUGGGAGAGGGCAUGAGAUACCAAUGAAGGAUGAGAUGUCUUUAAUGAUUGUGGUGUCGGGCGCGUUGUACGUGUGCGUGGGCGGCCACGCGGCCUCGCUGGCGUCGGGCGGCUUCGCCCUGGGCUUCGUCGGGAUGCUGCGGCUCCAUGAAGCAGCCCAGGUGCAGUUCAGGACCUACCUGAGAACUUUAAGGAGGAGGUCGAAGAUUGCCGGCAAGCCGAAGCCUUCGAGGCCCAAUAGCGUCAUUGUGGACGUGACACAGAUCUUGCCCAAUGAAGAGGAUCCAAGCCAUUUGCCCAAUCCAGAUGCUUCCGGCGAAGACUUCGGCUUCACGCUGCCAGACUUGAGCGAUGGCACCCAGCAGUUGGUCCGAGACUGCCUGAUGAACCUGUGUCCCCACACCAGCUCCGUGAGCUCGUCCUCGGAGCAGUCGACCGUGCCGCUGCGCAUGGAGGUGGUGGAUGCUCUCACAAACCAGAGGAAUCUCUUGCAGAAGGAGGACACGCAGGCUGGAAAAUGCAAGCUGGCAUGCAUCUCUCUGGAGCGGAUUCACGAUGUCUUUGCGGGGACCCCGUCACUGGAGAUCUUUGACGAGAAUCAACAAGCGGUACGGUAUAGAUUUGAGACCUUGAUCCGGCUUGCAACAUUUCCAAAUCUUCCUCUAGAAGUCAUUUGGAUGCUGGCGUCCGUGAGCGAGCUGCGAAACUAUGCGGCCGGAGAUCCAGUUGUGCAAGAAGGAGACUGUGAUUCUGUUGAGUCUUUGCUGGUGCUCUCAAAGGGCUCUGCAGAUGUAAGCAAGAUCCUCUUCGAUGGCAAGCUCUUGGAAGCCCAGCCUUUCAAGAUAGCGCGCUUGUACCCCGGCGCGAUGAUUGGCGAUGUAUUCUUUAUCGAGUCCUGGAUCUCACGACAAGCCUCAGUGAUUGCACACGAAGACGCGGAAGUCAUCGAGCUACCAUCAAGGAGCCUGCUGGAGGUGAUGGCGUGCUAUCCAGGAUUGGCCUCAAUCUAUGUCUCGCGCUCCAGGGAAGCAUCAGCAAUCUUGCAAAGAAGCCUCACCAGGCCCACCGAUGUGCUCGCAGGCAUGAAACUCUUCUACGGCUUGAACCCGGCUUUUAUUCUCUCCGUGGCCAAUAUCACCGAUCGGAAGAUGAAUUUCUUGGGAGAUGUCUUCAAGGAAGAGGGCAGCACUGAUCGGACUUUGCGAGUGCAAGAGUUUGGCAAGGUUCGAGUUGAGACCAAACGGGAAGGCACCGUGGCCCUGAGUGACGUGGGAACGGUGCUGGGCGAGACGAUGUUCCUGGGGAUGCGCAGCGUGUCGCAGGCCACCUUCCGUGCGGCAACACCUUUGUUGGUCAUGUUGUGGAUACCGCAUCAUUCCUUCGAGAGCAUCAUUGACGAUGGCUAUCCCUCUGAAGGCGCCUACUUCCGCAGCUUGCAGCGGACGGACCAGGGCCGGGAGGACAUGAGCCACUAUGCACAUGAUAUGAAGCUCUUCCGUGGCUGUGGGCAGAGUGUGAUCCAGGACAUUGGCAAGUGCAUCCACCGGCAAGCCUAUAAGCCUGGCCAGACAAUCGUGGUCCAAGCGGCCAUUGAUGAUCGAUCACUGUUUCUGGUUACGACUGGGAAGGCAAAAGUCUUCGUCAAUGGGAAAGUGCAACCUGAAGAGGAGCUGUUACCUGGAGAUGUGUUUGGUCAGCUCGCCCUGCUGGGACUGGUGCUUUUGAGAUCUGCCACUGUGGUGGCGAGCACAUACUGCAGUUGCUUUAAGUUGCCACGGCAAGCCUUCCUGGAUGCCUUGGAGAAGCACCCCGAGGAGACUGAUCUUUUCGAGCAGCUUACGCGUCUACAUGCUGUACAAGUCGCCGCGGAGCAGGGUACAUGGCCCUUCCUGACCCAGGACCCCUCUCGCUUUGUUCAUCCAUCGCAGGAAUCCGAGCGCCUGCUCUAUUAUUGGAAUCUGCAUGCAAAUCGGAGGAGUACUCCGCCCGGUGCAUGGGUCACAAGAGAAGGAGCCCUGCUGCCGACGGACGUGGCAUAUCUCUUGGUUUCAGGCGAAGUCUAUGUGACCGAAGAGAGCGGGCAUCGGAGCCUGAUGACGCCCGGAAGCUGCUUCGGCGAGCAUGUUCUGAUCGGCCUGGCUGCCGGGAUAGCUUCCAUCGAACCAAAGACUGCUUGCGAAGUCCAGCUGAUAGGCCGCGCAGAAUUUGAAAAGGUCAUGUCCGAGUGCCCCGACGAGCGCGCUGAAACGGAGCAGGGCAUCCUGGAAGAAAUGUCUAUCAAGGCACAGCAAGAGCUUGGAGUGGAGCGAGGUUCUCCGGAGAUUCUGAACCGCUGUGCCUUUUUUCGAGCGGCCCAUGAGAAGUUCAUGACGCUCAUGCGUCCUCGGAUGCGCGCGAUGCUCUUCAAGGUUGGCGAGUAUAUUACCCGGGAACGAGACUAUGCAGAUCACAUGUUCAUCGUGUUGAGGGGAAGUGCCGCGGUCAUGGGUGACGACGCGGAGACGCCGGUGCUGCGCUUCGAAGCAGGAGCUGCGAUCUCUGAAGCUUCGCUCCUGGGGACCUGCACCUUCUAUCCCUAUGCCGUGCGAGUUGAGAACUUGUGCUUGGUGCUGUCUUUGCCGCGCAACGACUUCAAUGAGGUUCUUGACCAGUUCCCGGACGAGAGGGAGUUGUUCAAUCGGCUCUUGGCAGAUCAAGAGGAUAUUCUUCGAAGACUUCCAAAAGUUUUGAAGCUUCACCAUCCCUUGUUCUCUUCUUCCAGCAUCGAUUUCUUGAAGGCCGUUUGCGAGUUCGCAGACGAGGUGUACUAUGCGGCCGGUGAAUGCAUCAUCACCUGUGGCGAGAGUUGCAGCGUGGGGGAAACCGUCAUGUACUUGCUGGUGGCCGGCAAUGCCGCAGUCAUCUUGGCUCACGGGGAGGAAGUGGCCCAGAUCAAGUCAGGUUCGCUGGUCGGGGAAGGCGGUGCACUUGGAAUCGCCAAUAAGCGAUCGACACAAGUGAGUGCCUGGAAGGGUGGAAUGGUCAGGCUCAUCCGAUUGCAAGGACAGUCGAUUGGGAAGGCUGUUGAAGAGCACCCCGAGGACUGCCAGGCCUUGGAGAACCAAUUCAUGAUGCGUUCCCAGAAGAACGCAGAAGCAGAGGCGAUCCGAAAAGUAUGGAUUGGAAAAUCUGUCAUACCUUUGCUGAAGAAUUGCCACAUCUUCCAGGGCUUCAGCGACUCGGAGGAGCUCAUUGCGAAGAUCGCGGCUCCGCUGCUGAAGAUGUCGUUUGCCGAAGGAACGGAGCUCUGCGUGGCGGGCGAUGCCGCGGACUCCAUGAUAGUGAUCAUUGAUGGCGAAGUUGAAGCCAAGUGCAAGGAGGGAAAGGUGGUGGCACGGCUGAUGACUAGUGCAGUAACUGGAGAGCUUGCCAUUCUGGGCCUCCUGUCCUUUCGCACUGUGACCUUAACCGCCUGUCGACCAACAGACACGGUCGUGGUGACCUCGGCGGGUCUUCGGCCCAUUCUGAAGUCCUCGGAAGCGGCCAGCCAGCACUUGCAGAAGCUCGCCCAGGAGAAGUUGUCGCAGAUCGACCGAGGCUUUCCAAUUCUUUCGCUGCCUCUUGGAGCAUCAAAUGAUGUGCUGGUCCGUACCCUAGCCCUCCACUCGACUCGCUACAUCCUGGCGCCCGGCGAGACCUGGCGGAUCCCCACGAAUGCGACGGCGAGCGGCCGUCAUCAUUGGAUCUUUGCCCGUGGACGUGCCGGGGUCAUGGUGGGGCCUUCGGAGCAUCCGAUGAACCCCAUCCAGUCGGUGGGCACUGGUGGGAUGGCGAUCCUGCCGGAAUGGCUCUGCAUGCAGUACGAGGCUCGAGCAGUGGCCUUGACUCCGGUGGAAGCUUUUCGGAUCAAUUGCAUGGACAUCCAAGUGGCCACCCUCUCCGUGAGAUCGGCCAUUCCAAUGUGGUAUCAUCGCUUCCGCGGUCUCGAGAGCGAAGCCAUUGAGCACUUCACAGCCAAGCUCUCCCGCGCAAAGGCGGUGGUCGACAUGAACCGACCGAAGGCGCAACUCCUGAAGCCUUUGAAGAAGAUCAGGAGUGCGGGCAAAUUGAAAGCUGCGGGCCCCUACAAAGUGCAGGUGGAGCAGGACGGCCAGACACCCCGGUUUUUUCAGCUUCGCUGCUGGGCGAGUCUGGUGAGGUGGUGAGGCUGUUGCAAUGCCCAAACCCGCUGGGCUCCACUACCAUGAAACUUCACAUCCCGAUUGGCUAAAGCAUGGCUAAAGCAUAGUAAAGCAAGGUUUCUGUGGGUUUCAGAUUUGGGAAUUGGUCUUCUUGGGCGGCCGAAAGAGUGAAAGCUGUGAAACCGCAGAUGUGCGCGGUAUGGGUCGGUUCUCGUCCUCUCAAUGUCCGGUUGUACGGCCAGAGCAACGCCUCGUUUAGCACGCCAAUGAUUUGAUCAAAGCCAUCGGUUUGAGAACACACAUCAGCUUGCUGGGGUUUGCGAAGACACUAAAAACAGUUUGGCAUAUUGGUGGAUCUGGCAGUGGGUCCAAACCUGGAGCUCCGCCUGGUCCGUGGACCGACCAUGGUUGGUCAUCUCUUCAUGUUGGGUGGGAAAAGCAGGAUACCUCGUCUUCACCCCCCCCAGUGUGCGAAGAUGUGGUUCAUCUAGGGCACCAUCACGAAAGCCAAACCUGGGGGUCGAUCGGUGCAAAGGAUCGGUGCAAACGAUGGCUCCGUUCGGAUCGAGUGCGCUGUGUUUCCCGCGGCUGUGAACUCAGGGCCGCAAGGCUUGCCACGUACCCAACUCGUGAUGUGAUGCAUAGCGACAGCCGCGCAGAUGGUGGACUUCGCUUGCCUUCUUUAUCUCCAGAUCGACGAAAGCCCUGAAAGCAAUGCUGAUGCAUCGAAUGCUGGCGGGUUUGGGAUGGAACAAUUUUUUAAUCGUGGCACAGGUCCGAGACAUCCCUUCCAUGCCUGCUUGGAGGCUAGUGAUGGUGGAGACAUGUUGAAAGCAUCUUGAAAGCAU